AUGGCGAACGGGGACUCUGCCGGUGUCCAGGUCUACAGAAGACUAGUGGACAGUCUCCUAGAUCGCGCCGCGCAGGUCAAGCCCGACAAGCAGAUCGAACCCCCUUUGACCGAAACACACCUGGGUGAAUCGAUAUGGCAAGUGCCAUCUGAGGAUGACAAGGCUACAGAGCACUUGAGCCCGCAGACCAAGGUUGCGGCUGUGGAAAUCGCGUUUCGCGAGAAGUUCUAUCGCGUCUUGGCCUCAACUUCCAUCGAUGACCCUGCUUACAUUCAAAUCUGGAACCUCCUUGACAUUGUCUCGAUCUUCUCUGAUAAUGAACAAUGCGAACCCGGUCUGAUUUUCUGGCUCAUUGAAGAGCUCUUGGAUAGUCAAACGAUCAAUGGCUGCCGCAAGGUGUUUGACUACCUGGAGUCCCGAAGGGAAAGGAACACCAAGGUCAGCAAGGCCCCCUCACUGACUAGAUUAUAUGUUACGAAGCUAACACUGCAAAAGAAACACUUCAAACAGAAAAGCUUAGUUAUUCUACGAUCCUGUAACGAGCUUCUUCGUCGACUCUCGCGCGCAGAAGAUACAGUGUUUUGUGGCCGGGUGUUUAUUUAUCUCUUCCAGAGUUUCCCACUGGGAGACAAGAGUUCGGUUAACCUUCGCGGCGAGUUCCACUCUGAGAAUGUUACGACUUUCGACGAAAUUGCGAAAGAGCCAACCGAGAAGCAGGAGCAAGAUAUAACAAUGACUGAAGGUGCUGAACCUGAGGCACCUGAAGAGGCAGACGCGGGCCAUGCUGAGACACCUUCUCAACAAACGUCGAAGGUGCCCAAGGUUGUUGUUUCUACGGGUGAUGACAAGAAAUCGGAUGUCGACUUGAACGCUCUCUACCCUCUCUUCUGGAGCCUUCAGGCCUAUUUCUCUGCACCAAGCAAGAUGUUCGAUGCUGAACGGUUUACGUCAUUCAAGACUGGAAUGGAAGCUACGCUGGCUGCAUUCAAGAACAUCAACACUGAGAUGGAAAAUGAGAGCUCUGCUCGGGCCUCCGAGGAUGCUCGGAAGUCGAACAAGCGCAAACGCGUCGCGGAUGGUACUGAAGUCGCCACCAGCUUCAACCCGAAGUACUUGACCAGCCGGGAUCUGUUUGACCUGGAAAUCAGCGACACUGCCUUCCGACGACAUGUUCUUGUCCAGGCUCUUAUUCUCCUCGAUUUUCUGCUCUCUCUGACAUCACAAUCCAAAUCACGCCUGGUCGAUACAACGAAUAAGUCCGUUCUAUACGGUUUCACUUUGAACGAGGAGGAUACCAAGUGGGUGGCCAGCAUGCGAAAAGGCAUCGAGCUAUAUCUGCAACAAGGUCCCGGAGGCAAGUUCUACUAUCGCAUGGUGGAUACUGUCUUGUCUCGAGACAAGAACUGGGUGCGGUGGAAAGCCGAGGGCUGCCCAUUGAUUGAGCGACCGGCCAUCUCGGCGGCAGAGUAUACAGCUUCCCGCGAGCAUGCCACCAAAGCGUAUGCCAACAAGCGCCUUCGUCCGUCCCCGAUGGGCUCUCUCGAUUUGAAGUUCCUUGCCGACACAGAGGUGCUGGCCAAUAUCGAGCGUCUCAAGGAAUCCGACCGAUACAGCGUUCCUUCCGCGGAGUCGUUCUUGAAGGGCAUCAUGGAUGAUGAAAUGGACAUCGAUAUGGCGAUGACCGACGAGGACAAGGCGAUUGCCGAAGGUGCUAAAGCUAGCAAGUCCUGGCGAAUCCUACGUCUUGCUGCGAAAGGAAAGCUCGCCGCAUUUGACAAAAUCGGAGAGGGCAACAAUCUACAGGUUUUAUUCGAAAGCGCUACAGCGAAUGAGGAUAACAAUGAGCUUAGUUCCUCUGGCGAUGCCAAGGUCCUUUCCCAGUCCCUUGAUGGAGGUCAGGACCUGCCUGCUGCAUCUGAAGAGCCUGUCAAGGACAAAGAGUCCGCUGAAUCGGGCGAGGCUGAAUCCGAAGAACCCGAGAGCAAAAUCGAGACUGACGAAUCUAAGAGUGCUCAGGAUCCGAGCACAGAGCAGGAAAUGCAGGUGGAAAACAAAGACGUCAUCGAACAAGCCAUAAGCACCGAUGACCACACAGAGGCCCUUGCCGCCGCUAGCGCCUCGAAAGAGAACCCUGCCACCUAA